CAGAUGGACGUUUCUGUGACAUUAUGGAUGCACAAAACACCCCCCGUAUCUACGUUGUAUCUGUACAGCGACCGUGUGGCAAGUGGGAAAUGCGGAUCGCUGCCGCUGUCCAGCACUGCGAGAGAGUAUCGCUCCGCAUAUUGUUUGCACGGGGGAAAAAAAAAUCAAAAUUCAAAGUACGGUUUUUACUGAAUGCCUAUCGCCAGCUUACCAUCGUAAGUCGAGGAGCAUCUGUAUUACUUUUUGACUUUAAUAUUGUCCCGUUACCACCGUGUCAAGUUCGAGUCCAAGUUUCAAGUUUAAUUAUGUGUACUCGAUGAACAUAAUGAUGUUCUUGUGCUGCACUUCUCUCUUCCUACAGUAAUGUCCAUUGGCAGUGGGAAGUACCAGGGGGGUGCAGUAGAGGGGUAUAAACAACAAGAAACAAAACAACAGCGCAAAGACAGUAUUUCCAAACAUACCUGGCUAUUAAACUGUUAUUUUAUGUCAUCUAAAUAGAAAGAAAUGUUAUCUCAUAUAAGGAGCCAAGGGCCAAACUGUGUUCCUCACAGCAGUGUGUGCGAGGAUUCCAGAGACGUAUCGGGGGUCUGUGCCCGCUGCGGUCUGAGAAGCUCUUUAGAUCGGCCAGUCUGCUUCGUCCAGGUAGGAUAAAGAAAAAACAAACCACCUCCACCUUCCAGCAGGCUGACUAACUAGCCUAGUGAGUCAGAGCGGGGAGGUCCCAAGGCAGAGGCGUCCAGCAAUGUGUGACGCUGCAGUACCACAAACACCAUGGGCAGCUGUUGUGGAGAGGAGCCAUGGUUCAGACUCCUGAAGUGGAUCACUGAAUGGGCUCCGGGCCUGAUACUAACGAUUCGCACCGAAUACCUAUGUUUAUCAUGCGUAUAUUAAGUCCUGCAAAAUUACUUUCCCAGUAGCUCUUGGAUACAAAGCAAAUUUUGAACUGGCUUCAAAGCAGGGAAAAUACUCAGCAGUGGCUCCACAGUGAAAAAAUUAACAUACUUAUUUUAAAAUCUUUUAAAUGAAUGGUUUGCAUGUAAGUAAAUCCUAGUUAUUCUCCAGGUUUAUGACAUUAGCUAAAUUUAGUAUCUCAGUUUUAAAAAACAGCUGGCAUGUAAAAUAAACAAGCGUUACAUCAGCUGGAGCACAGCACUGUGUGCAGUACAGGAUUUCUAAGUGCGAAUAAAAUGUAAAUGUUUGAGAAUUUUGAAUGAAAUGAAUAUGAAAAUUUGUGCUGCGCAAUCCAUAAAAUGUGCUUUUAGCUCAAAUGACUGCCAUUCCCACUACAGGAAAAUCAGGUUUGUGACGUCAUACAGAGCGACAGAAGUACAAAUACUGCCUCGCACACAGCCGCAGUUAUGUGUGUGUGUUUCGCUUUCUGUGGUCUGUUCAAACUAAAGAAUCACACAUAAACUUCAAAACUCUGAGCGGUCCCAGUGACAGUAUCCACAUAAAACAAGUGGUAAAUCCUUUAGCCUCUGAUCGACCGUACCGCCCUUCUAAGCAGCAUGGCCCGUGAGGCAGCUUACGCAAAACUCAUGGAAGGCAUCAACGAACUGGACUUCCGUGGACCCAUGAUACCCAGUGACUUAGUGCUAAUUGGAGACCAUGCCUUCCCUUUGGUCAUGAAUCCCCGUGGCCAGGUUCUGAUGGCUGCCUCCAGCUAUGGUGAGGGGCAUCUUGUUGCGAUGGGCCAUGAGGGCUGCCUCACUGCCUUCCCCAAUCUGGUGAAGAACACACUCGCCUGGCUAAAACCCCCAGGGGAGUCCACAGUGGGCAUCCACCAGUCCUGCAAGGAUGUGGCCAACAACCUUUGUCCUGGCCUCCAAGCAGAGGUCGGCGAGUUCCACAAAGGCCUGGGGGUCUAUGUCACCGAUGCCUACGGUGUAGGCCCAAAGGCACAGGAUUUGGUGAGCUUCCUGAAGGAGGGAGGAAGUCUGCUUGUGGUUGGGCAGGCAUGGCAUUGGGCCCAGCAGCACCCAAAGAGGAGUGCCCUCAAAGGUUUCCCAGGAAACAAAGUAUGCGGUGUGGCUGGGAUCUACUUUUCAGAGCACCAGGGGGAGCUGGGUGUGUUCCCCAUCCCCAGGCAAAUUCCCUCCAGCUGGCUCGCAGUGUCGAUUGGAAAGGACUUCAAGGAGGACCUGGAGGAACUUCUGGAGGGGGUGACUGAAUUCAAUAUUCAAGGAGGUGCCAUUCCCUCAGAGAUCCUGGUUCACGGACCCCUGGCUUUCCCCAUUGCCACCACCGAUGACGCCAGAGCCUUUUUCGCCGGGGCCUACUAUGGCCAGGGCCGUAUCGUCGUCGGUACUCACGAGGGCUUUCUGGGCCGCCAGGAGCUGUCCCGCUUCUUGAUCAACGCCUUGCACUGGCUUGACGAAGGCCGCAAGGGGUGCGUCGGCAUCCAACCUCAUCUCGACGGGGCAUAUUCCUUGCUCAGCCAGUCCGGCUUGCCCUGUGAGAAGACCAACAUCAGGGAGGGGUUAAGUGUCUUUGUCUGCACCUCCUACAGUGAUGAGAACUGUGCCAGAAUUCAGGAGUUUGUGGCUGAGGGUGGGGGCCUACUCAUCGCCGGUCACGCCUGGUACUGGGCUCAAUGCCACGUGGGCCAACAGGCACUGACCGAGUACCCGGGCAAUCGCAUACUGAACAAAAUGGGCCUCAGCAUCUUGGGAAGCACCUUGAGCUCAGGCCUGUACAAGGCCCUGAAGCCCGAUAAAGCCAGCUCGGAAAUCUACCACUUCCGUCACAUGCUGCACCGCUUUGCAGACCAUGUGACCUGCGGAAGGCCCCUUGAACAGCACGAGGAAGAACGUCUGAAGCGGCUGGGUCACGACUGCGCCACCUAUCUGCACAUGCAGGCCCACGACUGCCCUUCCUACACCUCCAUUUUGUCUGUGCUCACUGACGUGGUGAAGCAAGCUGGGGUGCCUCAGGUGGGCUCAAAGUCUCCUGUGGAGGACGCUAAGGACCAUCUGCUCCUCAAUGUGGGCUCCCAACUUUACAAGGUGUCCCCCAAUCCAGACGAAAUUGUGCCUUACAUCAUCCAAAAUGAGCCCAGGUUUCCAGUGGUUGCGAACACCAAAGUUUGCAUUGAUGGCAAUGCUGCAGGUAUGGGAGAGUGGAAGAGCACUGGCCUGUAUCUCACUCCAGGAAUGAGGACUUAUAUUUCGGUUCCUCCCCAGAUUGUCGGGAAAGGCUGGGCAGUCCAAGUUGGAUGCCAGACAGACAACAUCGGCAAUUUGGGCCAGCUGAAGAGGGCACCGGUGGUGCACGAAAGCUUCCCCGUCGACUCGGAGAUGAUGCUGGUGUCCAAUCUGUGGGGCGGCCUCCUCUACCUGGUGGCCCCGCCAAACAGCAGCGCGGGGGAUCUGGAAAUUGUUGUCCAGUGGGCUGUUAAGGCCCCUUACUACAAGUUUGGCAAGACCACGGUGGAGGAAUGGGUGGGCGGCUUGCGAGAUGCCCCAGCCCCCUGGGCAGAGUUGGAGUUUGAAAAUGUCAUUCUCACAGUGAAGUCCAAAAUGGUCCGAAACCUAGACAGGCCCGACGAAGUGGCAUCCCUGUGGAAUGAAAUCAUGAGAUCUAUUGCUGAUCUGGCUGUCAUUCCUAAGUUCCCACGCAAGGAGCGCUUGGUGGGCGACGUACAGAUAUCGCACGGGUUCAUGCACGCAGGGUACCCCAUCAUGAUACACUCUUACACAGCCCCUGAGCUGCUGAACGUCAAGGACAUUCGCAACGGUGGCAUCUGGGGCGCCAUACAUGAGUUAGGCCACAACCAGCAGCGGAGCGUCUGGGAGUUCCCCCCUCACACAACUGAGUGCACCUGCAACCUGUGGUCAAUCUACGUGCAUGAGGAGCUGCUGAAAAUACCACGACACAAGGCCCAUGAGGCUAUCAUGCCAGAUAACAGGAAAGAGAGGCUGCAGCAGUAUGUGAAUGAAGGGAAGCAGCUGGGUAGCUGGGAGAUGUGGACGGCCCUGGAGACAUACAUGCAGCUCCAGGAGGAAUUUGGCUGGGAUGCCUUCAAGAAGGUUUUUGCUGCCUACCAUGAAAUGAACAACGUCCCCGGUGACAGGGACGGCAAGAUGAACCUGUAUGCCGAGACCUUCUCCAAAGUCGUUGGCAAGAACCUGGCGCCCUUCUUCAAAAGCUGGGGUUGGCCCAUCAGACCCGACCUGGAAGAGAAACUGGCUGGCCUACCGGAAUGGAGCAAUCACCCCAUGGCCCAGUACGCCUGAGGCUGAUGCUAGAAGAUGGAACCAGAGGCGUGACUCUUCAGCCAAAGUACAGGGAUAAAGCAGGGGUCAGGUGUUAAAGAAGAAGCCAAGGGUCUGAUCUACUGGGUCAGCGAAUCAGUUGGGUGGUCUUGCCAGUGCUUUCUAUCGUCUUCUGUUUCUAAUCAUGUCUUAAGAGUGCCCUUGGAAAGCAUAUGUGUCACUUGAAAAGGAAAAUAUUACUCAUGUAUUACCACUAAGUUUCUGAUAAGACAGCAGAACUCUUUAUGCGUAAAAAAAAUUUUGUUUUCCAAAGGAAAAUAUAUGAAUAAACAUGAGCAUGAAGGACCCCAGGGGUUAUCAUUUGUAAUUAUAUAACCAUUCUACAAUACGUUUCACGCCUUUUCCUCUAUACGUGUAUUUGCAUCACUAGACAUGGAAGAGAUGACUUUGCAAGUGUAAAAGACAAGUAUUGUGCAGACAC